AUGCCUGUCAAGUACCCUCGGUUUUACUCGUCCCCCGUGGAUCAGGCAACCGACUCAACUCCUCUCCAAGUCUAUGGCUUAGAGCGACGAGAACCCUCCAUCUAUGGCAAAGCUUCCCCCAAGCUACUUCGCCGGGUCUCCCAUGUCUUGGGCGAUAUCCGCGAAGAUUUGACGCUGCAAUUGGACUCUCGCCAAACCGAAAAACUCAAGCGUCGUUCAACCCUGUACUCCGACGGACCCGGUUUUACUGUUCCUCCUCGCGCCGAGGCCAUAAUGACAUCCCACGGACCCCCGCGGUCGCGGCCAAUGUCCAUUAUUUCCUUCGAUAAUUGGUCUGCUCCGACCAGAGGAAUGAGCCAACGCAUCUCUCGCCGCCUGUCAGUGUUCUCUUCACGCGGCAAACCUCCCAGUACCAAAGGACCCAGAAUCUCCCCGCCGAAUCUGAUCGGCUCAUCCACUCAAUACGGAAACAGAAGCCAAGCUUCUUUCAUCUAA